GCGGCGCGAAGUUCGCGGUCAAACAAAUACCAUUGAUCCACCACCACCUCCGGGUUUCACAACUUUCACUCAAAGCAAUGUAUCCUCCUCAAAAGGAAAAAAAUAAGAAGGAAAUACAACAAAGUGACUCCGAGGAUCAAGAAAAUCUCAAAAUCAAGAAAGCUUUGGAUGCAGCCCUUUCUCCCGGAAAGAAUAUACCCAUGAAUGCCUUCAUGUUAUGGAUGAGUGGGAACGGUGUACAAAUAUUUAGUGUUAUGAUUACAGGAAUGCUAUUUUUUCAACCGAUCAAAGCUCUCAUGAGUAUGGACAGUGUGUUUGAGCGUUACGAAUCACCUAAGACAAAAUCUCAUUUAAUUUGGCCAAAAAUUGUUUAUGUGGCAUUACAACUACUUACAAUGUUGCUUGGAUUAUAUAAAUGUUUUUCCAUGGGGUUACUACCCACCGCCACUUCAGACUGGUUAGCGUUCAUGGAACCAAAGCAGAUCCUCGAAUACUCUGCAAUAUGA